AUGAGCGAGAAGAGAGAGGAGCGAGAGGAGCGAGAAGAGAGCGAGAGGAGCGAGAAAAGUGAGGAGCGAGAGGAGCGAGAGUUGCGAGAAAAGAGUGGAGCAAGAAAAGAGAAGAUAGAGAAAAGAGAGGAGCGAGAAAAGGGAGGCGCGAGAAAAGGGAGGAGCGGGAGGAGCGAGAAAAGAGAGGAGCGAGAAAAGAGAGAAGCGAGAAAAGGGAGGUGCGAGAAAAGGGAGGAGCGAGAAAAGGGAGGGCGAGAAGAGCGAGAAAAGAGAGGAGCGAGAGUUGCGAGAAAAGAGUGGAGCAAGAAAAGAGAAGAUAGAGAAAAGAGAGGAGCGAGAAAAGGGAGGCGCGAGAAAAGGGAGGAGCGGGAGGAGCGAGAAAAGAGAGGAGCGAGAAAAGAGAGAAGCGAGAAAAGGGAGGUGCGAGAAAAGGGAGGAGCGAGAAAAGGGAGGGCAAGAAGAGCGAGAAAAGAGAGGAGCGAGAAGAGAGAGGAGAGAAAAGAGGAACGAGAAAAGGGAGGUGCGAGAAAAGGGAGGAGCGAGAAAAGGGAGGGCGAGAAGAGCGAGAAGAGAGAGGAGCGAAAAGAGAGAGGAGAGAGAGGAGCGAGAAGAGAGAGGAGCGAGAAGAGAGAGGAGCGAGAAAAGAGAGGAGCGAGAAAAGGGAGGAGCGAGAGGAACAAGAAAAGGGAGGAGCGAUAG